AUGUCCAACCAGGUUUCACCAGAGGUCCCCCGUUUAUCUCCUUCGUUUCUACCGGAUGGUUCUCCCGUGUAUCCAUCUGCAAACCGACGGAUUGCAGUCGAUGAUCCAUACCACCAUUUUUUGAACUAUCAAGAGCUCUUUAGAAGUUCUGUUCGUCCUUUCCAUCAAAUCAGACAUUUCCCUCCACCGUUUUUGAGAGGCAAACCCAAAUUUGGCCAUACUUUACGCUAUGAAACUUCGCAUGGGUCGGAGAGCUUCGAACCAUAUAACUAUGGCCAUCAACUUCGUAAUUCAUCUAUUCCUUGUUCAGCUUGUACGCAUUUCCUAUCCUAUCGGGCGAUGGAAAGAAGCCGUCGCUUUGCGGACCACUCAAACGACCGCCAACCAUUUGAACACUUGUCAAGUCUUGAAAGGCCCUCAGGUGCCCUUAACACCAAUGCCAAUAGCUGUAAUGGCUACCCAACGACCUCCGGAGCCUCGCUUGCUGUUUCAGAAUGCCCAUCAGGCUGUGCUUUCUGCAGCGAUCUCGAGAGCGGCCGCUAUGACAACAUUUUUGGGCCUGAUCAGCAUUCAAGUUUAACUUCCGGUGAGAUAAGGGCAAGCUGCUCAAGUCAUUCCCAAUCUGGAACACCAAACGUUCUUUCAUCAGGUCAAGCCCCAAGCACUAGUCAAUCUGGUUCCUCAAGUGCCCGAGAAAUCGAGGCGUCAGACCCAAACAACACUCAGAACUAUGCGUUGGGAGGGGAAAUACGUUCUGAAGCCUUUUCCGAUUCGCUUGGUCCUCAACAACAACCUGAAUUUAUCUCUAGUCACCAUCCGACGACUUCAAAUUCUUUUUCUGGACUUCAACCAAAUUCAGUUAGUUUCUCAGAGCAUCAGUCCACCUCACCGUUCCCAAAUGAGCCUCAAGCUUUAAACACGGUAAGAUGCACAUACUUUAUUGCUAAUCUCUAUGAAUUUUAGACGAAUAUACCAAAUUCUCCGCACAUAGCCGCAACAUUUCCAGAAGAAGGCAAUUUAGACACCUAUGACAUUCAGAUUUACUCGGAUCCAUUUUCACCACUGUUUUAUCGGCGACUUUCACCGAUUCCGUCUAUACUACCCAAACGACAACGAACAAUUCAACCUCAUCCAAUGUCUACACGAGGAACCACGGUCAGACGAAAACGAAGGCGUAUUAUCAGAACAGAGACGGAAAGUUUGGAUGACGACGAAAUAGGAGAAGUUUCAAGACCCUCUCCUUCAAAUUCCAUCUGGCCAACUUCUUCCUCUCAGAGCACAGGAAAUCCAUCUUCAACUCCAUUGUCGAAUGAGCAGGAAUCUUGGAGAAGCUACCACUUCAUAUCAAAUGCAGACCCCAGCUUUACUUAUCUACCUCCAAUUCCUACACAAAAUCAGCAAAUUUCGCAGGGAACUCAAACAGCCCGAUCUCGACGUGUUUUACAGAGACGUCGGUCUUCACUCCAUCUAG